GUGAGACAAUUCCUGCGAGGGACUUGUCCGGCCCCCAAGCCCUCAGCGUGUGCUCUCCCCAUCCCCCAGUCAGUCCGCCCCGAAGCCCCGCCCUCUCCCGGUUCGGGUUCCUGGGCAGUACGGCUGCGCAUCCUCUCCUGCCCGGAAGUCCUCAUGCCCUGGACGCCAGGCGGCGGCCCUCGGCUUCGCCUCCCUUCCUGCCCCGAAGAGCUUUCCAGAAACAGCAACCUCGGGCUGUCCCUGGACUCCCAGCGCUCAGCGGGCGCCCUCUUGCCCUUUCCCGCCCGCACUUCCGGGUCCUCCGGCCCCCCCUCCCCCUCCAACUCCUCCGGGGAAAGGAGCAAGACCCCGGGCGUCCACAGACAGCUACGGGCUGACUCGCCCCGAGACACGCUUCCCUCCGCGUCCGCAUUUCUUUGGGGAGGCCUGGGGCCCGCAAUGGCAUUUCAGCAGGGCUCCGGGGUUGCCGCUUUUUGGACGCCGGAGUAAACAGGAAGCUACGGUCAGAUUCGGUUUGGAGAAGCCCAGGCCUCCCCCCAAGUUGGGAGACCCAAGAUGAGGGACUUUUAAUUGGUCUUGGGGAGACCACGCUGGAGAUAUCGCGAGAAGCGGAGGGGGCGGGGCUCCAAGCCAGGAAGGGGCAGGGCAGGGCAGGACCACGUUCCAGGCAAGCGCAGAAGCCGCCGAAGCCUCGGGACUACGAUUCCCAGAAGACCUAGUUCACCCGGAGAGCAUUUUUAAAAGAGAAUGAGCAUUCCCUUUGCGUCCCCUCCGCCGUCACUCUUUUUUAAACUUUCUCACGUUUGUUGCUCGUUUCCUCUUCUUCCUCCUGACCGAUCCGGGACGGGGUGAGCGGGAUCCGAAAGCGUGACAACAGAAGGCCUGCGCCGGGGCCGGAGCACACCCAGUGGGCGGGGCCCCGCUAGGAACUAAAGAAGCCCUGUCCGGGAUUACGGAGGCCGCGCAUGGGCAAAGGAGUGGUCCCGAGGGCGAAGUCUGCAAACACCGUCGCUCAGAGCCGCGUUGGUACGGCCCCGCGCUGCUCCUGCCGCCCAGAUCUCCGUUCUUCUUGCGUGGAUCUGCGCCUCCCGCGGCCCCUGCUGCGCCCCCAGAAGGAGACGAUGGCCCCCGCAGUCGCUGCCAGGCCCGGCCAGAAAUCAGUGACAUUCCAGGAUGUGUCAGUGGAAUUCACUUGGGAAGAGUGGGAACAUUUGAACUCAACUCAGAAGGAAUUGUACCGGGAUGUGAUGCUGGAGAACUAUAUGAACUUGGUCUCUUUGGGAUUUGCAGUUUCCAAACCAGAUGUGAUCUACCAAUUGGAAAGAAAGAAUGAAUCUUGGAUGCCGGAGCCAGAUAUUCUAAGAAGUAGCUGUCCAGGGAGUAAAGAAUUUCCUGAAGAGAAACCUUAUGAAUGUGUUGUCUGUGGGAAGGCCUUCAGUAUUAAGACACAACUUACUGUGCAUCAGAGAAUUCACACUGGGAUGAUUCUUUAUGAAUGCAGUGAAUGUGGGAAGACCUUCUAUCGGAACUCAGAUUAUAUGAAACAUCAAAGAAUUCAUACUGGAGAGAAACCUUAUGAAUGUAGUAUAUGUGGGGAGGCCUACAGUAGCAAGUCAUAUCUUAUUAUGCAUCAGAAAAUGCAUGCAGAGACACCUUGUGAAUAUAGGGAGUAUGGGAAGGCCAUCCAUGAAAAGUCAGCAUUUAUUCAACAUCAAAGAAUUCACACUGAAGAGAAACCUUAUAAAUGUAGUGAAUGUGGAAAAGCUUUCAGGAACAGGUCCCAGAUUAUUGAACACCAGAGCAUUCACACUGGAGUGAGACCUUAUGAAUGUGCUGAAUGUGGGAAGGCCUUUAGGACUAAGACAUAUUUUACUGAGCAUCAGAGAAUUCAUACUGGAGAGAAACCUUAUGCAUGUAGUGAAUGUGGGAAGCCCUUCAGGAGUAAGGCACAACUUAAUAUGCAUCAGAGAAUUCAUACUGGAGAGAAACCUUAUGGAUGUAAGGAAUGUGGGAAGGCUUUCCUGCGCAAUUCAGAUCUUAUGCAACAUCAGAGAAUUCAUACUGGAGAGAAACCUUAUAACUGUAGUAUGUGUGGGAAGGCCUUCAGGAUUAAGACACAACUUACUCUGCACGAGAGAAUUCAUACUGGAAAGAUUUUUGUUGACUGUAAGGAGUGUGGCAAGGUCUUCAAUCGGAAUUCGGAUUAUAUUAAACAUCAGAGAAUUCAUACUGGGGAGAAACCUUAUGAAUGUAGGGAAUGUGGGAUGGCCUUCAGACUUAAAACACAGCUUUUUGUGCAUCAUAGUAUUCACACUGGAGAGAAACCUUAUGAAUGUAAUACUUGUGGGAAGACCUUCACUAGCAAGUCAUCUCUUACCAUGCACCAGAGAAUUCAUACUGGAGAGAAACCUCAUGAAUGUAAGGAGUGUGGGAAGGCUUUUCACUGCAACUCAACACUUAUUCGCCAUCAAGUAAUUCACACAGAAGAGAAGCCUUAUGAAUGUGGAAAAUGUGGGAGGACUUUCAGGCUUAAGGCACAGCUUUCUAUUCAUUAUAUGAUUCAUACUGGAGAGAAACCUUAUGAAUGUAAUGUAUGUGGGAAGGCCUUCAGUAGCAAGUCUUAUCUUAUUGUGCACCAGAAAAUUCAUACUGGAGAGACACUUUAUGAAUGUAAGGAGUGUGGGAAGACUUUCCACUACAAGGCGGCACUUAUUCGCCAUCAAGGAAUUCACACGGAAGAGAAGCCUUAUGAAUGUGGGGAAUGUGGAAAGGCUUUCAGGCUUAAGACACAGCUUUCUAUGCAUCAUAUUAUUCAUACUGGAGAGAAACCUUACAAAUGUAGUAUAUGUGGUAAGGCCUUCAAUAGGAAGUCAACUCUUAAUGCGCAUCAGAAAAUUCAUACUGGGAGAGACACCUCAUGAAUAUAAGAAGUGUGGCCAGACUUUCCACUACAUCUUAGCACUCAUUUGUCAUCAAAGAAUUCACACUGAAGAGCACUGUAUGUAGUGAAUGUGGGAAGACCUUCAAGAGGAAUCAACUCUUAAUAUGCAUCAGAGAAUUUAUACUGGGGAAAAGCCUUAUGAAUGUAGUCAACGUGGGAUGGCUUUUAGGCUUAAGACAUUUCUGUGCAUCACAGUAUUCACACUACAAAGAAACCUUAAAAAUGUAAAUGUGGGAAGGUCCUCAGAAGUUCCAUUGCAGUGUCCAUCAGAGAAUUCAUCCUGGAGAGAUUCUUUAUGAAUGUAAGGAGUAUGGGAGAGCUUACUUCUACAACUUAAAGCUUAUGGUGCAUCAAAGAAGUCGUACUGGAGGGUAUAAACGCCUUUACACUGAGGACAUUACUUUAUAUCCAUCACAGAAUUCAUACUGGAGAGAUUUCUCAGAAAUGUAAGGAUUGUGGGAAAGCCUCACAUCUCCCAAGGGUGAAAUCUAACAAGGUAAACUGAGGCAAUUCCCAAGCUUAGAAUAUUUAUUAAAAAGGUCAUGCUGCCUGUCAAUACAUGGGUCAGUGGUUUGCCUCCAUUUAUACCAAAGACUUAGAAGCAAAAGGAUACUUCCUCUUUUAUAAAUUUUGAGAAGUACAGAACAGGGUAGGUGACAUCUUGGAAUUAAAAAUAACAUCUGAGGCAUGGGGAACAAUAGGAUUGAUUGGAAAGUUAGAAAUGGGAACUAGUAAUAAUCCCACCUCCAUCCUCUCCCAAUUGGCACUCUCAGGAGUGCAUAUUUUUCAAGCCCAGGUGCAAGAUAGUGGUACAGACAUAAAGCAGACCACAUAUCAUUGAAGUGUAGCUAGGUGGUAUGGAUAUGAUACCUGACUCCAAAGGUCAUUUAAUUCCUUGAGGCAAGAAUAGCUUAGCAGGAGAGCUAGAUUUCUAAAUUUAACCUAUUAUGAGACCCUUGGAUUCUGAACUAAGUUUGGAGAGAGAGAGAACCAGAUUUCAGUACUUGUAGGACAAAAGCAAUAAGUUGAAAAUGGGAUCGAUAAGAAAAUAAUGCAGGAUCAAUUAAAUCUUCUCAAUUUCCCUAUUGAUCAGAGAGAGAGAGAGAAAUCUCAUAGUUGACCUAUCUAUAAGCUAAUCCUAUGAGAUCUUUAAUAAUCAUUAUCAACAAUAGAAUAUAUCAACAGAAAUCUUUCAAGCAAAAGUGCAAAAUAGUCUUUAACACAGUAAUUAGUAAUUGAGAAAGGAUAACAAAACUGAUUAAUCAUAACAGGAUUACUAAAGCCAUGGACUGAAUUGAAAAGGGAAAUUUACAUGUCACAAGGCAAUUAAGAAAACUAAGCAAACAUAAAUAAAAAAAGCCAAAGUAAUAGAAUAACGAUUGACAUUAACUAAUGGUAAAUCUUCACAUAUCCCAGUAAUCUGCUCUUUUUUUUUUUUUUUUUAAGUUCCAAACUCUUUCCUUUCCUCUCUUCUUCCCCACUUUGCACUAGAGAAGGCCAUUAUACAUAUACUCCCAUACAAAUACAUGUGUUACAUAUAUGUUAAAAUACUGUGCAUACUUCUAUCUUUUCUUUCUCUGGAGCUAGAUAGCAUCUUUUUUCUUUUUUUUUUUUAAAUAA